CUAUUCCCAAAAUACUUCCCUGUUAAGCAUCUUCUUGAUAUUUAUUUUUUUAGAAAAAAAUAUAAUAUGGAGAAGAAAAUGGCUAAUUUUCCUAGUAGAGAUAUGAAGAAAAGUCCAUCUUUAUUGGCUUUGGAAGAGUUUGUUAAUCAUAACAAAUUAUUUUAUGGAGAAGAUGCAAAAAUUGGUGAUGUUUUUGGAGGAAAUGAUCAUCAACAAAAUAUCAAUAAUAAUAAUAACAAUAAUAUUAAUCAUCAUGAUCAUAACAACAAUAAUGGUCAUCAUCAUGCUCAACUUUUUGAUGAUAUUUGUUCUAUUGCUCCCUCAUUUACUAUGAGUAAUCAGGAUAUAUUAAGUGAUUUCUCAAAUUGUGCAUUGACAGAAAGGCCCCUUUGGUCUCCAAAUAUUACUCCCAAGCAGUCCAGCAUUUCUGUAACUGGGGAUUCACAAUCUUCAAUAUGUGCUGGAAGUCCAACACCAACUAUUAUUAUGCCCAAAAUGAGAGACAAUCAAGCUAUGGGAGCCACUAGUGGGUCCUACCAGUCUGAUGAUGAUGACCUGGAGGGUGAUGUGGACCCGUGCGAAGAAAGCACGGACCCUUCGGAUAUUAAACGUAUCAGAAGGCAAGCCUCUAAUAGGGAGUCGGCACGGCGUUCAAGAAGAAGAAAACAAGCUCAUUUAGCAGAUCUUGAAAGUCAGGUUGAUCAAUUUAGAGGUGAAAAUGAAACAUUGUUUAAGCAAUUAGCAGAUGCUACACAACAAUAUAAAGAUUCUUUGACAAAUAAUAGAGUGCUCAAGUCAAAUGUGGAAGAAUUAAGAGCCAAAGUGAAAUUGGCUGAGGUUAGGGCAGCUAGAGGUACAGUAUCCUCAAGUUUAAGCCAUCUUUUCCUAAAUUACUUGACCCCUCCUCAAUCUCUUGUUACCAAUAAUAAUAAUAAUAAUAAUAUUACUAUGUGUCGUCUCGAUAAUGUCUCUCCGACCAUCAACGUCCCCGGAGAAGACUCGUGGGGUGGAAUUUCCGGUCAGAAUCCGAUGAUCGGAGUCGAAAAUAUUAAUGCAUUCGAUAGAAAUCUCAAUAAUGGAGCUAUGAGUGAUAAUGCUAGCUGCAUUUCAGAAGUGUGGUCCUUCAAAUAGUAUGUUCAUUUUAUUUAAAAGUGAAUUAUGGAUUUUAAUUAAUUACUUAUAUUAAUAUUAUUAUUAUUGUGGUAUUUAUGUAUGAUUAUAGACAAUAUAUUUGUUGUAUGUGAGAUUUAUCAUAGUUGUAUGUAACUAUUUAAGGACUUUUAUAUGUUUGAGUUUGUUAACACUAUGAACUUUAAUAUAAUGUAUUGUUAUUUGAUCUAAGAAAAA